AUGGAAGCUUAUCUAUCGUGGUGGUGUUCAACAAUAAAGAGGAAGGAGGAAGACGAUGGCGGAGUCGUCGAGGUUGAAGGAAGGAGGUCGCUGGUGCUUGUGGCUGUUGAUGGGGGGAGAUCGCCGGAGGCAAGGAGGAGGAUGGCGUCUAGGUUGAAUGCGGCGACGAUAUGGACUGGAGAAGCGGAGCAAGGAAAAGAACCAAGAGUCCUUUACAAUGGAAGAUUAGAAAAUGGAGGCUAUGUUGCUAUACGAUUGCUCUCAUUAUUCAAAAGAUCUUCAAUUCGGAACCUGAAAGUCCGAUUGGAUUUGCUUACAAAGCAUGGCCACCCACAUUUAGUUAGCUUCAUGGGUUAUUGGAUUCACAAUAGUGGAGUAGAAGAUUCGAAUUCUAGCAGAAUCUUUCUAGUAUACAAGUACAUUUCUAAUGGAAACUUCCCAACUUUUCUCUCAGACAAUGGUCUAGAAAAAGUUUUAAAAUGGUCAGAUAGGUUAGCAGUUCUUGUAGGUGUUGCAAAAGCUAUACACUUUCUGAAUGCAAGAGUGAUCCCUGCGUAG